AUGGACUAUUCAAAUCGAAUAUUAUGUGGCCCUAUGGUACGAAUAUCUAGUCUUCCAUUCCGACUUUUAGCCCUUGAAUAUGGUGCUGAUAUUGUUUUCUCUGAAGAAUUGAUUGAUUAUCGUCUCAUGCAAUGCGUUCGAGUUGAAAAUAACUCAUUGGAUACCGUUGAUUUUGUCGUGCCAGGUGAAGAUCGACCUAUGUUACAAAUUCAUAAAACUCGAGAAAAAAGUCGUCUUGUUGUUCAAUUGGGUACAGCUGAUGGUCAGCGAGCUUUAAAUGCUGCUCGACUUGUAGAAAAUGAUGUUGCUGGAAUCGAUGUAAAUAUGGGUUGCCCGAAAAAAUUUUCUAUUCAAGGUGGAAUGGGCUCAGCAUUACUUAAUCAUCCUGAUAAAGUGAAACAAAUACUGGAAACGUUAGUCAAUAAUUUAUCAAUACCAGUUUCAUGUAAAAUUCGUUGUUUGCCAAGUUUAGAUGCGACAUUAUCACUUGUGCGUACGAUUGCAACAACAGGUGUGCAUGCAAUUACUAUCCAUGGUCGAACCAGAGACGAACGGAAUAGUGAUGAAUGCCGAGAAACAUUUAUUCAAUCCAUAGUUCAACAAUGUCCGCCCAAUGUUGUGAUUGUUACGAAUGGAGGAUCAACAAAAAUUUCAUCAUAUUCAGAUAUUCAAAAUUUUCGAUUGCGAUGUGGUCCAGCUCAUGGUGUUAUGAUAUGUCAAGCUGCUAUGUGGAAUCCCAGUGUAUUUCGACCGAGUGGUUCACUACCAAUUUCAGAUGUAGCUAAACGAUUUCUUCAAAUAUGUCUCGAAUUCGAUAAUCACCUUCCUAAUAUAAAGUAUGUACUUCAACGAAUGUAUGGUGAUCUUGAUAGUGAAAAUCAAUUUUAUGAAAAAAUGCUAUCAACAGAAACUGAAGCUCAAAUUUAUACCUUAUUUGAUAUGAAAAAUGAAUAUGAACAAUCACCAUUAGAAGAAAGACGAUUGUGGCGUGAAAAACUUCGUAAUCAAUUUAUUGCUAAACUUGAUGAAGAAUCAGAAAAUAAUAUUAUUGAAAAACCGGCAAAAUAUAUUCGAUCAGACUAUACAGCCACAUUAACACCAAAAUCGAUAUUGACUGCAUAUUUUAUUCAAGCACGCAAAGAUAAGCCAAUCUAUCAUACUGAAGAAUUAAAACCUCAACGAAUAUUUCGAACAGUACUUGAGUUUGAUGGUCAGCGUUAUACUACAUCAACUUGGGAAAAAAGUAAACAAUUAGCGGAACAAGGCAGUGCCAUUGUUUGUUUACAAUCACUCGGUGUCGAUCUCACACGUGCUAAAUAUGGCAUUAAUUAUAUAAAAGCUUUUUUUUCUCCCGAAAAUAAAGUAUAA